CAGGAGCCUGUUGCGCCGGAGUCUCUGGUGUCACUGCAGAAGGACCUGCCAGCUCUCGAACUGCUGCAGUUCCCGGUGCUGGCGCUGGAGGAACAUGACCUUCAGCAGCUUGUCUCUUAAACCACCUCGGGCUGAUCUGAGCUAGGGCCCGUUCUUGCUGCGGACACAGCCGGGCAGGGUGGCUGGUUAGCCUCGGUUCAUGAGAGAUGCUAGAUGUCACCUGCAGAAGACGAGAGGAGCUUACCUCUUCCAGAGAGAUGGCCCCGAGCCAGCAAAUUCGCUCUGUCAGCCUGUGCAGCGGCUGUGGCAGAACUAGUGACGUUUCCCCUGGAUCUGACGAAAACCCGGCUGCAGAUCCAAGGUGAAGCUGCGGUGCGGCGCGAUGGAGCAGCGGCCGGGCAGGCGGUGCCGUACCGCGGGAUGCUGCGCACGGCGGUGGGAAUCGCGCAGGAGGAAGGGGUGCGGAAGCUCUGGCAAGGAGCCACGCCGGCCGUCUACCGCCACAUAGUAUACACUGGUGUUCGGAUGGUUACUUAUGAACAUCUCCGUGACUCUGUGCUUGGCAGGGCGGAGGGUGAAAGCUUUCCUCUCUGGAAAGCUGUGGUUGGAGGCAUGACUGCAGGUGCCAUCGGACAGUUUUUUGCCAGUCCAACUGAUCUGGUGAAGGUGCAGAUGCAGAUGGAGGGGAAAAGGAAGUUGGAAGGAAAACCGUUACGGUUUCGGGGCGUGCAUCAUGCAUUUCUGAAGAUCCUGGCUGAAGGAGGAGUAAGGGGACUUUGGGCUGGAUGGGUACCAAAUGUCCAGAGAGCUGCUCUGGUGAAUAUGGGAGAUCUGACCACUUAUGACUCAGUGAAACACUUUUUGCUUCUGAACACGACACUUGUGGACAAUAGUGUGACUCACAGUGUUAGCAGUGUCUGCUCUGGGCUGGUAGCAGCUGUUCUGGGAACUCCAGCUGAUGUGGUCAAAACCCGGAUAAUGAACCAGCCAAGAGAUAAGCAGGGAAGAGGUCUGCUCUAUAAAUCUUCUAUGGACUGCUUGAUUCAAACUGUCCAGGGUGAAGGGUUUAUGUCUCUGUACAAAGGCUUUAUACCAACCUGGAUGCGAAUGGCACCUUGGUCACUGGUAUUCUGGCUGACAUAUGAACAAAUCAGAAAGAUGUGUGGAGUUACUUCUUUUUAAAACCUUCGAUAUUCACAUAAGAGAGAAGAGUCAAAAAGCAAAAUUCUCAUUCCACAAGGUAGUAGGAUCAUAUAUAUAGCUUGUUGCUCCAAGUCCAGUCCUUACUGGUUGGUAAAAGCCAUGACUUAAGGAUACUGUGUGAUUGUCAGACUACUACGUGAAAUUUAUAUUAUCCACAGGAUAAAAUUGUCACAAUAAUACUUCAGCUAGCAGCCAGCAUCAGCUUUAUGAACCAGCAAACAGGAAUUAAAAAAAAUUCUACCAAGCAAAUAGAACAUAAUACUGUCCAUUUGUUUGAUAAUGGAGAUGGUUUCUGUCCUUAAAGACAAGAGCAGGUUGAUCAAUGCACUGAACAAGUUCUGUGGCUAAGCAUCUGUAAGGGUCGGUCUGAAGUUUCCCUCGUUUUUUGCCUCUCGACCAUCACAAGGAGACCUCGAGGACCCCCACCCAGGCUGACUCCAAACAAUGGUUUCCUGGCCUGGCCAAGAUGGAUGCUUGUCAAGUGACUGUGUGCUGGUGUAUUGUGUUCACUGGACUGUGCUGUUGUGGCACCAACCAGAGAUCGUGUUGUACCAACUGGAGACUGCAUGUACUGCACGACCGCACCUGUCUCCCGCAGCACCACACAAUGGUCCAUAAAUCUUCCCACUUUUUGGCCAGAGGCCCCUUGCUUUGGAGAAGAACUAUAAAAGAGCGACCCUCUGGAGAAGACCCUUGAGAUCUCCCCACGGAUGAAGACUUGUCUAUUGGCUGGCCCAUGAGGACAUCUGUCUCAUCUCGUUGGUAGCUAUUUUCCCAUUCCCCUCUUUUUCUCUCUAUACUUUGCUUCCUAUAUCUCUCCCCUCUAUCACAACUGAGUUGUUGGCAUUUGAUAAAAAUGCAUUGCUGUUGUUGAAUAAACUGAUUUUGUCCCCUGCUAUUUGCCUGUUCGCACCUCUGAGAUCAAACGAACCAUCACAACCCCCGCUCUGUAUUAAUAGCAGAUCGUGACAGCAUCUAUAAAAUUAUUUGGGAAUUUUUGUUGUUAAUUGCAUUUGCACACAGAUAAAGAACUACCUCUUGUUAGUUUGAUGUGUCAGUAAACCAAACCUGUAGUGCUAGGUAUUGAAAAAAAUAAAAGCAGUUUACCUGAUUCCAAAUCGGCUUUGCACAAGAAGUGGAAGGGUUUGUGUUCCUCUUCCUUCCCAGAGACUGCCUGACCUCUCCACUCAACUAUUUGAGUAAGAUCAUUAUUGAAAUGCAGUCCUGUUCCCAGAAAAUCAAAAGCCUAGUUUGCUCUGCAAUGCUUGAAGGACUGAUGAUACUCCACAGGACCAAGCUGAACUACUUGUCCCGUGACAAUCCUGGUGCUGAUGUGGGUCAUUUUCCAUGGAAAUGUGCACUCUACCCAUUUUAAAUCUCGAUGGAAAUACAAUGUUAUCUUCAAUAAUGCAAAAUGUUUGAACAGGAGUGAUUUAUUUAUUUUUAAACCUAAACCCUUCUAGAUUUCAUACAGACUGAGACUGGUGCUGUUUGUCAGUAGAUUCACCUUUGGCAAUCAAGAGUUAAAAAUGCAGUAUUAAAAGCAGCCAUGAGUAGAUAAAACAAAGCUGGCUUUGAUUUAAUAAUAUCUAGUAAUUGAAUUAAUGUAGAAAAUUUGGCUCUUUGAAUAAAUUUCUUAUUCCAGGAUUUCUUCUAGUCUUUGCAA